UUUUCUUUGGAUGAAGUUUCAAAAAUGAAUCUAUUGUGAUGUAAAAUUGUAAAAUAUUAAGUCUUAGAAAAGUAGAAUUGCCUUUUGUGUCUUUUUUCCCAGUUUACAGACUUACAGGUGAUGGGGUUUACUGAGAGGUCUUGGUCAGACAGACUGUGAAACAUUAUGUGAAACAUAAUGUCAAACAUUAUUGUAGGUGUGACUGUUAUUGGACAUGAACAUGUGUGCAUAGUGCAAAGGUUUCCAUGUGUCUUUGCUUAACAACCUAUCACACCGAUGGCCACAUUUAUUAUAAGGAAUUUCACAACUGGAUGUCACUAAAGUUUUCAGUCAGUUAAAGUGGAAUCAUGCAAAGUGACAUGUCAGUGUGUUGUGAGGUUCAGAUUGUUAAAAUCCUACAGAUCAAACAUGUUAAUGCAGGUUUUAAUAUAUGAGUUGACACCGCUGUGAAGUGCAAGUAGAAGUUGUUAUUCCAAGGAGGUGAAGGAGCCAGUUCAGUGAGGAAGUUGAUAUCAGCUCAUGGUAAAAAAGAAAAAAGAAACUAUUUACAUUCGAGUGAAGCCUAAUUCUGCUGCUCUGGACAUGGGAGGUUUUUAAUUGUCCUAAGUAAAACUGAUCUGGGCUGGAUUAACAUGAGAAGAGCUACUAAUAUUACAUCUGGACUUCAAUUUUCCUCUCAGCUAAAGUUCCUGGAAAAAGUUGUUGCACUUAUGACAGAAUGAAGACGAGAGAGGUGAAGAUUAUAAACAAGGACCUGGAGGAUGAGAUGGAGGUGUGGGGGUAUCGGCCCUGUCUGUGGAAGAUCAUCCUGGUGGGUGUAGGUUCUGUUUGCUCCGGUGGUCUCCUGCUGCUGCUGCUCUAUUGGCUGCCUGAGUGGGGCGUCAAGGGCACCUGCACACGCACCUCGCUGAGGGACGCGCACACACUGCUGCUCAGGACCACAAACGAGUUCAGGCAGUGGUUUCGAGCCAAAGUACAUGUGAUGUCGGCUCCGGGGAAGAAACCCUUUGACAGUCUGGAUCUGCAGUCUGCUGCUCAGCUGCUGAAUGGAGACGGAGACCACGGCGUCAGUGCUGCGCAUGAAGAACAUCAUGGGAAAUUUGCUCAAAAGCAGCCUGCUCAGAUCCACUACUUCACCCAGCACAGCACUAGAUACUACUGGAAUGACGAGACACAGAACUUUGAGUUGUAUAAAGGCUUGGAGGAUGUGAAGGUGAGCUGUGCAAGCAUCCAUUCUGACCACAGCUCUGGACUUUCUAAAACACUGCAGGACUACAGGAGGUUGUUUUUCGGGGAGAAUGAGAUCGCUGUACGAGUGCCCUCUCUGUUCAAGCUCCUCAUAAAGGAAGUCUUGAAUCCUUUCUACAUCUUCCAGCUCUUCAGUGUUAUUCUGUGGAGUGCAGAGGACUACUACUAUUACGCUACAGCCAUAGUUUUCAUGUCUGUCAUUUCAAUAGCUACCUCACUGUAUACCAUUAAAAAGCAAUAUGUGAUGCUGCACGACAUGGUGGCAGCGCACAGUGUGGUCCGUGUUUCAGUGUGCAGAGGAAAUAAAGAUAUUGAAGAGGCCAUGUCGACAGAGCUUGUGCCCGGUGAUGUCGUCAUUAUUCCAGCGAAUGGGAUGAUCAUGCCCUGCGAUGCUGUGCUUAUCCAUGGGACCUGUAUUGUAAAUGAGAGCAUGCUGACAGGAGAGAGCGUGCCAGUCACCAAGACCAGUCUGCCCAGUUUAGGAGAGGAGGCAGCCAGGAGUUACAAUAUAGAGGAGCACAAGAGGCACACUCUGUUCUGUGGCACUCACGUUAUCCAGACCCGCUUCUACACUGGUGAACUGGUGAAGGCUGUUGUGGUCAGAACAGGCUUCGGUACAGAGAAAGGCCAACUGGUGCGCUCCAUCCUCUACCCUAAACCCACAGACUUCAAGCUGUACCGUGAUGCUUACCUGUUCCUGCUGUGUCUGGUGGGGGUGGCAGGGAUCGGCUUCAUCUACACCAUCGUCCUCAGUAUAAUGAACAAGGUUCCAGCCAAAACUAUCAUCAUUGAAUCACUGGACAUCAUCACCAUCACCGUGCCGCCGGCCUUACCCGCAGCCAUGACGGCUGGUAUUGUGUACGCACAGCGGCGCUUGAAGCGUGUCGGCAUUUUUUGCAUCAGUCCCCAGAGGAUCAACAUAUGUGGUCAGCUCAACCUGGUUUGCUUUGACAAGACUGGAACGUUGACUGAGGAUGGUUUGGACCUGUGGGGCAUUCAGAGAGCUGAAGAUGGCAGCUUUUUUCCACCAGAGUCUGAAGCAGCUAAAGAGACACUGGUGAGCUCAGCAUUUGUGACCUGCAUGGCAACCUGCCACUCACUGACCAAGAUAGAGGGCAAACUCUCUGGAGACCCUUUAGACCUCAAGAUGUUCAGCGCCACAGGCUGGAUACUAGAGGAGCCCACAGAGGAGGAGACGGCACUCCACAAUCCCAUAAUGCCUACAGUUGUGCGACCUCCAAAGCUGGCUGCCCCUGAAGCCAAUCAGAACAAUCCACUAACUCCGAGCACGUCCUGUGAGAUCGGGAUCGUGCGUCAGUUCCCCUUCUCCUCGGCACUGCAGAGGAUGAGUGUGGUGGUCAGGAAGUUGGGUGAAAAACACAUGGACGCCUACUUGAAAGGAGCACCAGAGAUUGUGGCCAACCUCUGCAAACCACACACAGUCCCACAGAUUUUCACAGAGACUCUGGAGGCCUACACCAGGCAGGGCUUCAGGGUUAUUGCCCUGGCACAUCGACAGCUGGAGUCCAAACUCUCCUGGCACAAAGUCCAGAACCUCAACCGGGACCUGAUAGAGACCAGCAUGGAGUUCCUCGGUUUGAUCGUCAUGCAGAACAAAAUAAAGGAGGAGACUGCCGGGGUUUUAAGUGAAUUGCGACAAGCAAACAUCCGCACUCUGAUGGUUACAGGUGACAACAUGCUGACGGCCAUAUCUGUGGCCCGAGACUGUGGGAUGAUCCGUGCACAUGAGAGGGUCAUUAUAGCCGAUGCUGUGCCUCCUAAAGAUUUCCAGUCUGCUAGUAUCACGUGGCAUUACACAGAAAACCCCACUCAGACCGUCAAGGACAAUCAGACUGUGGAGAUAAACUUGGAGGAAGAGAUGUGUGACAAGCAACAGACUCUGCAGGAACAAAGCUAUCACUUCGCUGUGAGUGGCAAAGCCUUCGCUGUGAUCAUGGAGCACUUCCCUCAGCUGGUCCAAAAGCUUGUGCUGAGAGCCACUGUGUUUGCCCGCAUGGCUCCAGACCAGAAGACUCAGCUGGUAGAAGUCCUGCAGAGCAUUGACUACACUGUCGGGAUGUGUGGUGAUGGUGCUAAUGACUGUGGAGCUCUGAAGAGAGCUCACAGUGGGAUUUCUCUGUCCGAGCUGGAGGCUUCUGUAGCUUCACCCUUCACCUCCUCCACCUCAAACAUCUCCUGUGUUCCCAACCUCAUCAGGGAGGGUCGAGCUGCCCUCAUUACAUCAUUCUGCGUAUUCAAGUUCAUGGCUCUCUACAGCAUCAUCCAGUACCUCAGUGUCACCUUGCUGUACUCGAUCCUCAGCAACUUGGGAGACUUCCAGUUCCUCUUCAUUGACAUCGCCAUCAUUCUCAUCAUCGCCUUUACAAUGAGUCUGAAUCCGGCGUGGAAGGAGCUGGUGUGGCGUCGCCCUCCGUCCAGCCUCAUCUCCGGCCCCCUGCUCUUUUCGGUUUUGACCCAGAUCCUCACCUGCCUGGUCUUCCAAGUCCUGGCUUUCCUCUUAGUGCGACAGCAGAGCUGGUAUGAGAUAUGGACACCUCAGUCAGACGCCUGUAAUGUUUCCAGCUUCAGCCUCUCUCACAGCCAGAACGUGACGACUCCUCACGACCACAAAAACAUCCGGAACUACGAGAACACCACCCUCUUCUACGUCUCCUCAUUCCAGUACUUGGCAGUGGCCAUCAUCUUCUCCAAAGGAAAACCAUUCAGACAGCCAAGCUACAAGAACUGGCCGUUCAUGAUGUCCUGCAUCGGCCUGUAUACUUUUCUCCUCUUCAUCAUGCUGUAUCCUGUUCCCGCCAUCGACAGCUUCCUGGAGAUCGUGUGUGUUCCCCGUGACUGGCGCAUUACACUGGUCGUCAUUGUAAUAGUGAAUGCGGCUGUGUCUUUCAUGCUGGAGAUUUUGAUCCUUGACAUCAUCUUGUGGAGGCUAGUUUUCAGAGGCAAUCAGGGGGUAAAUCGCCCCACAGAGUCCCCCUCUGCUGCCACACCUCAGGUGGCCAAUGACCGCUGGGGCUCGUCCUUCCUCUCCUGGUUGUUCUGUCGAAGAAACAAGCCUCCAAGGGUGCGCUACAUGCACCUGGCCCUGGAGCUCCAGGACGACUCUGACUGGCCCCCCCAACCCUCCGCUGUCACCUACGCCAGCGAUCCACAGCCCCACAUCUCAGCAACUCUCUGACACCAAGGUGACCAACAAGCAAAUUACUGCACAGACUAAAUCUAAAGUCCCAAACAAGCCUGCCUGUAUGUUGAGUUAGCAUGAGUCAAGCUCAGAGAUGUGAUGGAUGGUCUGAUGAUUUUGAGGAUGUGGGCCCUGGUGGAUACAAGCAAACAAACUUUCAUAAAAGGAGAGGCCUCCGACUGUAACGACUGACACUGAGAGCUGCUCAUACAUAAUGUUCUUUUCCAUUUUGAGUCACCAAAGUCAUCAAAAUGGACAAACUCCCUUUUAGCUGUACUGUCGUGUCAUGCUGCUGAAACGUGAGCCAGAAGCUUCUGUUAAAGGGAUAGGUUAGAGUUCUCACAGAUACUGUGCAUUUAUUGACUGAAUGUGUCAUUGUACACUACUUCCAGUGGUAUAUAGUGAGUAUAGUAUAUGAGACUUCCCAUUGUUUUAAACAGUUUUCAUUUUCUGAUCCAGUAUCUGAACCAAGUCAGUUUGACACUGAACAAAUCAAAUACAUGAUAAAAACACAGUAUUCAGCUGCUGUUUUUCUUCUCCUCAUGUCACUGUCUAAAGCACUGGAUGAAUCUUUCAGUGUGGAAAAAAACAUAUUGUCUUCCACUAACAUUAGCUGCUGCUAAAAUACAAAAGUUGUAGAGCAGUAUAAGGUCAUAAGGAUUCAAAGAAAUGUGAAUGACUUAUUUCCGUUUGCAGUUCUCUGAAUAUGACUGGUACUGUUGUACUUCUAAAACAGAAAAACAUUCCACUGCUGCAUUUCUUUCUUAGAUCUGCUUCGGCUGAAAUUCUUCCUGUGGAAGAGAAGCAGAAAUGUCUGCCCCCUUUUUAAAAUUUUAUUGCCAGUGCCACUCUGUGUGUGUGUAUGUGUGUAAAAGAGAGACAGUGUGUCAGUUAAUAAGAAUAUCAAAAUUAACCAUUUAUAUCCCCAUAUCCCUCUGAUGCAUAAUGAAAUGUUCUUUUAUUCAAAUUAAGAAUUUAUUUUUCAAAAAUAUUGGCAAGUUUGCAUUAACGACACAGUUUAACAUUACUAAGGUACUGUACAGAGCUGAUAAUUGAUUGUUCUCGUUAAUUAUUGCAAACAAAUUAAUCAAAAUGAAUCUUUGAGACUCUUGCUGCCACGACAAUUUUAUAACAGUUGAUUUUAACGUCUGAUUUUUAUACAAUAUUUUUAUGUAACUGUUUACAGCUGUUUUUACAAAAAUAUGCUGUUUACAGCAUAUUUUUCUAGCUCAGUGAACAAAAUGAAAUAACUGUGAAAAUCAAAACCAACCAAUUACCAACAUUUUCUCCUUUAUUACUAUAAAAAAUACAGCAAUAUUUUUAAGGGAAUGUGUUUUUGCGAAACCGUAAUAAACUUAUUUUCGUAUUUCUACAAGAUCACAAGAAUGUUUCAGUUUAUGUCAACAGAUAUCCCUGUGUUUGCUCUGCAGAACUCUCAUUACAUU